AGGGCCCGUGCGGCUCGCAGAUUGGCUGAAGCGCGACACGCAGCCAAUGCGGAUACCCUGGGAGCCGAGCACCCCAUCGGAGUCUAAGGGGUGCUCAGUCUUGGGGUUACCGGCCAGCGAUCAGGGAGAUGGACGUGGCGCGGAAUGGCGCGCGGGGCAGUGUGGAGAGCCCGCCCAACAGGAAGGUCUAUAUGGACUACAAUGCCACCACACCUCUAGAGCCCGAAGUCAUCCAGGCUGUGACGGAAGCCAUGAAAGAAGCCUGGGGAAACCCCAGCAGCUCAUAUGUAGCAGGUAGGAAGGCCAAGGACAUUAUAAACACAGCUCGGGCAAGCCUGGCCAAGAUGAUAGGGGGAAAGCCCCAGGACAUCAUCUUCACUUCUGGGGGCACCGAGUCCAAUAAUUUAGUAAUCCACUCUACGGUGAGAUGCUUCCAUGAGCAGCAGACCCUGCAGGGGCGCACGGUUGACCAGAUCAGCCCUGAGGAGGGGACCAGGCCCCAUUUUAUCACUUGCACGGUGGAGCAUGACUCCAUCCGGCUGCCCCUGGAGCACCUGGUGGAAGAUCAAGUGGCAGAGGUCACUUUUGUCCCAGUGUCGAAGGUAAAUGGGCAGGUAGAAGUUGAGGAUAUCCUGGCCGCUGUCCGUCCCACAACAUGCCUUGUGACCAUCAUGUUGGCCAAUAACGAGACUGGUGUCAUCAUGCCCAUCUCUGAGAUCAGUCGUCGCAUUAAAGCCCUGAACCAGAUCCGGGCUGCCUCGGGGCUACCCCGAGUCCUGGUGCACACAGACGCUGCUCAGGCACUGGGGAAAAGGCGAGUGGAUGUCGAGGACCUGGGCGUGGACUUCCUGACCAUCGUGGGGCAUAAGGCCUCUCCCAACACAGGACUGGACCAGGAGUCUAACACUGCUGGUCCUCAGGCUGAGCUGGACCCUGGACCCUGGCUCUUGUGACUCUCACACGCCAAAGUAGUAGCAGAAAGACAGCCCAGGCCACAAGGAAACAGCAGGAGCUUCCCCAGAGCUACCCGGAGCACUUUGUGCCUCUCGCACUCAGACACAGCGGAGCAGGUGACCCGGCAGCUCCCAGUGAGUAAACGACUGGUUUUCCCUUCCAGUUCUACGGCCCCAGGAUCGGUGCUCUGUAUGUGCGAGGGGUCGGUAAACUUACCCCCCUGUACCCCAUGCUGUUUGGAGGUGGACAAGAGCGGAAUUUCAGGCCAGGGUAAGGUUGAAAGUCCACGAGCUUCUGUCCGGCUGGCCAAAUACUCCUGUGGUCGGAGUCAGUGACGUUCUGCCGUUUCUUUCAGAAGUGCAGUCCACAUCACCCCAAACCAGAACCGGUCCUACUGAUUGGUUUCCACAGUGGGACUCAGAUCCGCAGUCUCUUGGGGUGACUCAGAGCAUGCAGUAGGAGUCCCCCUUCUCAGAAAUGCUCCAGAGCAGUGGGCUCCCUGUGUGAUGCAGCGCUGGACUCUUCUCUCAGUGGGGGCUCAGCAGGCGCAGAGGGUGCCCCGUUUUCCUUUGUGAGAGCCCUGGGUCUCCACUACACACGUGGUGUUUUAACCCAAAUCAGUGCCCGCACCACUUUCGUUAGGACAUCUAAGGAGAGGGAGAGGGUAACAAUUCAGAGACAGCGGAGGCUCCUUGGCUCGAAUUCCACAGCCAGCUGUUGAGAAACACUGCUAGGGGAAGGCAGGAACUGCCCCCGCUGAAGCCCGCAGGCAGGCAGGCCAGCCAAUCAAGGAGAGGAAACACUAGGCAAUAUCUGCUCUAGUCCAUUCUCACAGGGCAGUGUGCCGCCCUCACCAGCCAGCACCACAUAGACCCCAGGCUUCCAACCAGUCUGUAUGGAGCACUGCAGGCCUCACCAUGGCGUCAAAAGAGACCAAGGGGACCCUGGAAGUCUCCACGCAUCGAUAACAGGACACAUACUCUAUGGACAUCAAGUGAGAGCUGUGGUUUCUGCUUCCCACUGGCAGCAUUGGGAUACAAGUCCUCUCUGCAGAGCAGAGUCAGGGCAAGUCAGGAAGAGCAGAAAAGUUAGCCAAGAGAAAUUCUUCCAGCAUGUGAAAAUGUCCGGGUAUCUCGUCAAGGCCCAGAGAGAUCUUAAAGCAAGUGUCACCAAAUGGAUGCUAACCCCAAGAGAGUGAGAUGAGACAGCAGGCUCCAUACAUGUGCGACAGCAAGGGAUCAUGGGAGCACUCGAAAUGAGUGAGGGCUGGGGAGCACUAUAGGAAGAUCCAACUGGACAUUUCAAAUUAAAGUCUACAGUAACUGUGUGGCUGCGUGGAUGGACUCACAUAAUCCUGCAGGAUAGCGGGGACAAAGGAAAGGAGAGAGAGAGAGAGAGAGAGAGAGAGAGAGAGAGAGAGAGAGAGAAACCAGACACCAGGAAAUAGAAAACUGGACUGAGCAUCGAGGACCUCCAAGGCCAUCAAAAGUGGUGUGACUCAUGCACCAUUGAUCCCUUCAAAGGAAAGAAGACAGGACAGGACUAAAAAGGUCACCUGAGGAUAUAGAGCUGGCCUCAGUGGCACACGCCUUUACUCCCAGCACUCAGGAGGCUGAAGUAGGUGGAACUCUGUGAGUCUGAGGCCAGCUCAGUCUACAGAGAGUUCCGAGAUAGCCAGGGCUGCACAGUGAGACCCUCUCUUUAAAAAAAAAAAAUCAAGACCAAAAUGAUGGUGAUGAUGAUGGUGGUGAUGAUGAUGGUGAUGACGACGAUGAUGGUGGUGGUGACGAUGAAGAAGAAGAUGAUGAUAGACAGCCAGCCUCCAGCCUCUCAAGUAAGAGACUGAAGCACAGGUACAGAGAGCCUGAGGCACAGAGCAAACAAGCAAAAAGCCAGGAUAAAGCCAAGGAAACACCUAGACAUUUAUGUGUGAAACAGAGGAAGAGAAACUUUGAAAGCAGCCAGAGACAGACAGCAUCUGACUGAUGAGAGGAAAGUGCUUUGAAUGACAGGCUUCACGUGGUUGUGCACCGUCCUGAGGGAGAGCAGUCAAGUUAGAAUCUCCACCUGGUGAACAGGUCUUCACAUCUGCAGAGGAAAUCAAGGUGUGGCCAGAUGAAGAGAAACCAAGAAAAGUUGAGGGAAAAAACAAAACAAAACAGUAGGAAGCCCUUCUCGAACUCUUGGCCUUUCCUUGAAGCUUAAAAACAAAUAAGAUUAGAACAGUGUCUGGUGUGGUUAUCAAUGUGUAUAAAGUGAACAUUUAAAAUGGAUGUACAAAGGAAAAACCAUAGAAGGGAUAUUACUAAAUAUGUUUGGCAUUUGUAGACAGGAGUCAUGUAGGUCAAGCUAGCCUUGAACUCUGACCCUCCUGCCCCUACCCCUCAGCACUGGUUACACCUGACUCUAUGUCUCUUCUGACUGGUAGAAUGAUAAAAUCAAUAGGCUGAAAAGUUUUACCAAAACAUAAUAAUACAUUAAUACAAUGUAUAUAAUUCUGCAACCUGGUUGGGGGGGGACACUUUAAAAAAAGAUGAAUAGGUAUAUCCCCAAAUUAAAAUUUAAAGACCGUACAGUACCCCCACCAAAGCAAACAGGAAGAUCUGAAAGUAUGGUCAAUGGUAGGGAUACUGGCUUAGAAUACAUGAGGCUGUGGUUAGGGCAGGGCCACAAAACACUGGGGGAAAGCAGGUUCAAGCCCAGCUGCCUCAGUUUAUUUUCUUGUCACUGUGAUAGAACACUUUGGCAAAAGUGGCCAGAGGGAGGGAGGAGGGGUUUCUCCUGGCUCACAGUUCAAGGGUUCAUGCAGUCUGUCAUGGUGAGAAGUCCAGGAGGCAGGCCUUCCCACCUCAAUUAAUGUAAAAUGAUAAUCUCUCCAGGCGUGCCCAGAACCCCAACUCAUAGGAGAUUCUAGACCCUAUCAAGGGGACAACUGAUACUAACCAUCGCGCUGCCAUUUCAAUAGUGAUGUCAAAUGUAAAUGGUUUAAACACAUUGCAUAAAAGAAUUUUUAUGGGCUGGAGAGAUCACUUAUCUGUGAAAAGCACUUGCUAUUCUGUUCCCAGCA